AUGCCGUCUGUAGCAACCCACCGACCCAGAGCCUCGGAUCAGCAAAAUGGUGAUGCAAUGCCCCUGUCUAACACUUUGAUCAGUCCUCCUAGUCUGUACAGCAGUCCUUUCCUCCCGGGCUAUUCGACCUUUGAUGGAAACGACCAUUCGGCCGAAACCGAUUCCACCUACAGUUCUCCUUCAUACGUCGACUUUGCCGUGAACCACGACCCCAGAUUCCCCACAAUGGAGCCGCUUUCGAGAGAAGAGCUGGAACGUUUCCAGAAGUUGUCCAAUGAAUACGAGCCCGAGCUACAGGGACCUUUGGUCUCCGCCAAACAAUCCAGUCAAUCGAUUGCGUCCGAGUACUCAAAUGCAGAUCCUACAUAUGUUGCCAAGACGAAUGCUCUUGCGGUAACGCAUCCUUUUACCCGCGUCAUGAAAGGAGACGGAAAUUGUGGAUGGAGAGCGGUUGCCUUUGGGUAUUUUGAGAACUUACUCAGUCUUCGCGACGCCGUCAAAGCCCAACAAGAACUCGCCCGCAUCAAGUCAAUGAGCCGAUUACUCGACCAAGUCGGCCACCAGGAGUAUCUAUACGAGACCUUUGUGGACGCUACCGAGGAGGCUUUUAACCAGGUCAUCGACUCGAUAAACAAAGGUGUGCCGGAUGAAGGGUUUUUGGUCAACAUUUUCAAUGACUUUAAUGAGUCAAUGUCGAUCAUCACCCACUUUAGGCUUCUUACUAGCUCCUGGAUGAAACUCAAUCACAUUCGAUACCAAGCCUUUCUUUCUACACCACUUGAUCAAUAUUGCUCCACCCAAAUCGAGCCUACCAAAACAGAGAUUGACGAAGUUGGAUUACAAGGUUUGGUGGACAGCGUGAUUGAAGGAUCGGGCUUUGCUGUGGAGAUUUUGUAUCUGGACCGAAGUCAGGGCGAUGCGGUCACUCCGCAUCUCCUGUCUCCGAACCGACAGACCGUGGCGACGAUUAAACUUUUGUACCGCCCCGGCCACUAUGAUCUUUUGUACUCGGCAGAACCACCCACAAUCCAAAUGUCACCGAUUGUGAAUUAUCAGUAUGGAAUGACGAUGAACUAUACCCCCUGGGACGGAGGCGCACUGUCUUUUGAUAUGAACCCACAUCUAAUGUCGAUUCCGGGGUUAAUGAUGGACCCAUCCCCCUACACACCUGCAUCAAGUUCUAUAAUGCCGGCAACCUCUCAAGGCUUCAUGCCGUCUACGCCGCAACACGAGUUUUAUUCCCCCUCUCUCAGUCCCUCAGUGUCCACUACCGUGUCGUCUCCUACUACCUCCAACUUACCACUCAGCCCGAUCCAAAGCAAGCCGGAUGGCCCGCAGAUCAGGCUCAACCCUCUUGUCAUGAAACCCAAUCUGAGCCACUCGCUUCCAGUAACCACCCCAUUUAAGAAGUAA